GCUGGAUGAAAUUCCGUUUCCGCUUUAGGGAGUGAAAACUGAUUUGAGCAGAACUGACUUGAAAAUCUAUUUAUUUCAGAGACCCACUCAACUUUUACAAUAUUGAUUGUACUUUUGGAUAAAUUGUAUCAUGGCUACUUCGCCGCAAAAGUCGCCAUCCUCUCCGUCGCCGACGACUCCGAAAUCACCCUCUUCCAGAAAGAAAGAUGACUCGUUCCUGGGAAAACUUGGAGGAACUUUAGUAAGAAGAAAGAAGGCAAAAGAAGUGUCUGAGCUCCAGGAAGAGGGGAUGAACGCCAUCAACCUGCCCUUGAGUCCCACCCAAUACGAACUGGACCCAGAAGACACCAUGCUAGAGGAGAAUGAGGUCCGCACCAUGGUCGACCCCAACUCCAAGAACGACCAGAAACUACAGGAACUCCAGAAGGUGUUGAUCGACUGGAUCAAUGAUGUGUUGGUGGGGGAGAGGAUCAUCGUGAAGGACCUGGCUGAGGAUCUAUACGAUGGGCAGGUUCUGCAGAAACUCUUUGAGAAGCUGGAGGGGGAGAAGCUAAACGUAGCUGAGGUGACCCAGUCGGAGAUCGCCCAGAAACAGAAACUACAGACGGUGCUGGAGAGGAUCAACGACUCCAUCAAGGUCUCUGCCAGGAGCAUCAAAUGGAACGUGGACUCGGUCCAUGCUAAAAGUAUAGUGGCCAUUCUUCACCUGUUGGUGGCGCUAUCUCAGCACUUCAGAGCACCAAUCAGACUUCCUGAUCACGUGUCCAUCCAAGUAGUGGUGGUUCAGAAAAGGGAGGGGAUUCUGCAAUCUCGUCAGAUCCAGGAGGAGAUCACGGGCAAUACAGAGGCUUUAUCUGGCAGACAUGAGCGAGAUGCUUUCGACACCCUGUUUGAUCACGCUCCAGACAAGCUCAAUGUGGUAAAAAAGACUCUCAUCACCUUUGUGAACAAACACUUGAACAAACUCAAUCUGGAGGUGGCUGAACUGGACACACAGUUUGCUGACGGUGUGUACCUUGUUCUGCUGAUGGGAUUGCUGGAGGGCUACUUUGUUCCACUCUAUAAUUUCUUCCUGACUCCUGAGAACUUUGAACAACAGGUGCACAACGUGUCCUUCUCUUUUGAGCUGAUGCAAGACGGAGGUUUGGAGAGACCCAAACCUAGACCUGAAGAUAUCGUGAACUGUGACCUCAAGUCAACCCUGAGGGUGCUGUACAACCUCUUCACCAGGUACAGAAACGUGGAGUGAAUAUGCUGUGUUGGGGGUGACUCAUUUUAUGGGGUAUCACAUUCAAGUUUCAAGCGUUUUUCCCCAAUUACAUGCUUCAAGGGAAGUUGUCCCUUGCAAAGAACACUACGAACCAAUUCAGGACAUUCAGCAUUGGUAUUAUCAAUAUUUUUUUAUAGAUUCCAUUAUUCCAAAUAUUUGAUGUGCUAUAAUAACUUCUACUAUUGUAUGUGCUGUUUGCGAUUUUAAAAUACACUACAUACUGUAUGCAUUUUUGUUUCUUAAAUGAAUGCAUAUUAGUCUAAGUAAAAACAGUCCUUGUAUGAUUGUUUUUUUUAAUUAUAUUUUUAAUAGAUGAAAAUUCCAUUUUUUUUUUUCUUAAUGUCAUAUUUCAAAAGGUUGAUAUUGUGAUGAAAUGUCUUCAUGUUUCCAUCACUAAAGUUAAAGUCCAUUGCUAAAGUUUCAUUUAUUUACUAAACAAAUGUUUGUUAACCUACAUUUAUUGUGCUUUUGUGGUGCACCUGACCUUCUCAUUCACUUAGCUGUUUUCUACUUUCACUAGUGGAUAAGUGCGUUUUCAAAAUAAAAAGACUGUACUGCAUGCCAUUUAUUAGGAAGACACCA